AAGUGAUUUUUUAAAAAAUAUAUUUGCAUCUUUUGUAGCCUUAAAACUCCACUUUGUAAAAAAAUAAAAUAAUAAUCAAGUGUAGGCCCAUAUGUUUAACAUGCAGGUAGAAAUAUAUAAUCACAUAAGCUUCAUGUAAUGAUGGUAAAUAAUCAAAAGGGUAAAAAUUGUGAUAUGUGUGGAAGAUCCAAGACAACUUUGAUAAAUUAGUUUUGUACGCCCCACUUCAUCAUUAUGCCUGCUCAGAACACAUUGUCCAAGGCCACAGAAAAUUGGCUGAACAGAGGAUGUACAAAGUUUUAAUGUAAACAGGACAAGCUCCUGAACAGGAGGGACGAAUCCGGCGAUUGCAUCGGUACAUACACUGGUGGGCCUGUGACGCAUGUUGGACAUGGUAAAGAUUUUUAUUUCAGGAAAUGCAGUCUGUGAUGGAGUUUAGCUGCUUUCCAGGCCAGAUUGCUUUGUUUGUCGUCCCUGCAUAGUGUACAACAAACACACAAGUGGACCAAAUUUAGAAUCAUUUAGGAUAAUUUAUAGGAUGUGGUGGUCAGAAAGAGAAUCUCAUCCAGAGUAACCACAUGGAGGAACCUAUUUUACAUCAGCUUUAAGGCUCAUUCACAGUUUACACUACACAAAGGCUAAAUUACACUGCAUUACAUUAUAGUAUACAUUAAAUACUCCAAGCAAGGCACACACACUUCAUAGUACACAAUGUUCUGUAGUGAAACACUGUCUGCACUGCAUGCCAUGAGGAGCCCAUAAAUAAGUGGACUAUAAAUGAAUAUUGCUGCUGCUACUACUGCUCAGUAGUAGUGACCUAUUCAUGACUUUCUUGCAAGUAUCUUGCAGUAUAGUAGCCAAUUUGAAACAUUUCCGGAUGAACGUGUUGGUUGACAGAGAUUCAGCUUUAAAUAAAAUACGGAAUGCACUACCAUAUAGGGCACUUGCCUUCAAAAUAAGGGCAGUAAGUAGUCUAAUAUCCACAAAGGGGAGAUAUAAUUCGUAGUUUUCGACCAAAACAGAUGAAAAAAAUCCAUGGUGAUUUAUUUAAUAGAUAAUAAGAACAUGAAUUAUGCAUUUUAUAUGAGGUCUGAAAGUUUAAGACCGGCACGGACUCUUACUUUGAAAUCGGCGAGGCGAAGUCCCACACAGCGCUCGUUCGUCAGAGAAAACGCUCUUGUGUCGUCACCGAGCACCGGGGGCGACACCGAUCCGCCGCUAUAUAAUCUUCCCGGGUCCGGUGGAUGAAAGCAGCGCACUGAAUCAGAUAGGAGAGCAAAGCAAACAGACAGUGACCAAACAAACAUGGUGAAGAUCACUUUCCAGCCAGUGUCGGCGCAGAAGCCCGAAAAAGACAACGAUGCGGACAAGAUCAUUAUACCUCAGGCUCACGAGCAGCUGGUUCCUCCUGUCAGGUCCAAGAAGCCUUUCCCAACUGGCCUGUGCUGCCUCACCUUUGGCCUGGUGGUUUUCAUGUCAGGACUGGUCCUGGCCUCUAUCUACAUCUAUCGCUACUACUUUAUACCUCAGCAAAUCCCAGAGGACAGCUUGUUCCAUUGCCGGGUUAUCUACGAGGACUCAGUGUACGCUCCUCUGAGGGGGCGGCAAGAACUCGAGGAGAAUGUCGGCAUCUACCUUGACGACAACUACGAGCAGAUCAGCGUACCUGUGCCACAUUUCGGAGGCAGCGACCCUGCUGAUAUCAUCCACGAUUUUCAGAGGGGCCUCACCGCCUAUCAUGACAUUGCCUUGGACAAAUGCUACAUCACUGAGCUGAACACAACCUUGGUGAUGCCUCCGCGAAACCUGUGGGAGCUGCUUGUCAAUGUCAAGAGAGGGACAUACCUUCCUCAGACCUACAUCGUCCAGGAGGAGAUGGUGGUGACAGGGCGGGUGAGGAACAUGAGGCAGCUGGGCCCCUUCAUCCACCGGCUCUGCUACGGCAAAGAAACCUACCGCCUCAGACGUCGCAACCAGCGCCAACGUAUCGAGAGGCGUGAGACGAAGAAGUGUCACAGCAUCCGUCACUUUGAGAACACUUUUGUGGUCGAGACCGUCAUCUGCGACAGGUUCUAAAUGAGCGGCGGAAAUCACAGCCAUCCAACACUGAAGCCAAUUUCAAACCAUACCUCUUGAAUUCCUUAGGCGUUUUAACUGCACUUUAAGAGCAAGUACUCGUCCAUUAGUUUCAGUUUUUGGUUUUUCGUUUUGUUUUCUGUCUCAACUUGAAAAUGCUCUGUUCAUGUACGACGUUCCUGUCUUUUCUAUUCAAAGCGUUCUCGAUGUGUUUGGAUAUAUCUGUAGCUUGUCAUGUUGUGCAGAAGAUGUUAAUGUAGGUCAGUUUGUGACAUUUACAUCAGAGGACUUGAGUUAAGACUCGUCUGUGUAUUUUAUUUUUUUUUAGUUACCCAGUGCACUGAUGGUAAAGAUACUUGGACGCUGCUUGCACCGUGCACUCUUGUUAAUAUUUGUUUCUUGGUUGUUGUUUUAUUUUGUUCGAAUGUCAGAAAAUGGCAAAACAUACCUCAUGUAGUUAAGAUGUUUCUUUGCUGGUUUCUAUCAUUAAUGAAUGGUGUGUAUAUAACUGAUUGUUCCUAAGCAAUAUAUACUGUAAACUGAUUUUCUUUUUAAUUUCAUAUUGUUACACGCAUAGAUUUUUAUCUGAAAUCGACUUGUUUUGUGGACGAUCAUGUCUUUAUGGUUUGCCUCUUAUUUCCUUUGGUAUCACACUUUCCUACUCCUUGGAUUUAAAUGGCUUUAGACUGUAACCAGUAGCAGCAGUGCUGUAGAGGGACAGAAGGAACCAAAGUCUGUAGUCAGUGUCGCUUUGCUUAGGGUUAAGGAUGUAUGAAAUAUUUAUAAGGAAUGCUUUAUAGUUUAGAUCACUUACUGUAGAUGAUAUCAAAGGACCAUUUUGUCUUGCUCUUCCUUCUUCUUCUUCUUCACUCAGAUUUGCCUGUUGUCUUUAGCUCUUAGCCACUUCCCAUUCCUUCCUAUUUUGGCAUUAGAAUCUCCACAACGUCGACUCGUCCCACUUUAAGAGAGCUUCGGGGUGUCUUUCUAACGUACGACCCGGAGCAAAUCAGUCUCUGUUGAGAGAGAUCCGUGAUAUGUGCUCACAUUUCAUCGUCUCGGAUACUUUAUUUCGCUGUACAGUCGAUUUUCUUGUAAUAUCUUGCUGCUUUAAGAAUAAACGAUCAAACUUU